AAAACCUAUGCCCGCUUGUGGUAUGUUGCAAAUCGAAAGAGUCUUCCAACAUGGUGUCAGGGAUCAAUCCCUUUUUGUGCUCCUUGGUACUGGUGACUUUAACGUCUUUUGUAGCAGUUUCUUAUGGGAGUAUAAGUGAUAUGAGCACAUUAAGGCUUAACAAUGAAGAUACCGAUUCGACCAAAAUUUGGACAAAGUUUAGACGAGACGGUCGUAAUUAUGCAAAUGAGCCUGGAACCUCAACUGGCGUAAUAACUCGAAAUGGAUCUCUUGCCUUUGAUUCCGAUUAUGAGACUAACUCAGCGGAUGUGGAUUCUCGGCACCUGUUGAUGAAUGCCAAACUCAAACGCAUCGGGCCUUCGGUGCAUUGCUCUGAUGACGCAAUGACCUUGCGAGUGAAUGGAGAGAGGAUUCCCCGUUUUCUGGUUGACAAUGGUGAAGGGUCUCUCAUUCCGUUGAAUCGGAUGCCUUCUCAUUGUGGGUUCUCUGUGAGGCGGUCCCGCAGAGACGUGCUUUUUGUAGCUCCAUACAAAGGCUGCCAUGUAACUGAACAGGGUGGUGAUCAUGUACUGCAUCUAAGACUAUGGGGGGAAUCCAUGACAAUGUCUUGUCCCGUUUUGCCCUCUCCACUUUCUGUAACCUGCUUCACUUACGGAAUGUUGUUAAAUAUGGGUAAUAUUGGAGCAGAUGCACUCAAGGUGAAAGUCUAUGAUGUAUGGAAACCUGUGCUGUCAUCUGGAGAACUUUGUGGAUUUGCUAUGGUGUCACACUCCAGAGAAACGGUGAUUACUGCUCCUUACAAAGAACCCUGCAUCAAGAUAAAGGAUAAUAAGCAUGUUCUUGUCCUGCAUGCUAAUGGUCAAGAGGUUUCGGUAUCCUGCCCAUCUCAAACUAGCCCUGUGGAUCCUCUGAUGCCCUCCACCACCACGGCUACACCAACUACUGGGGGCUCCUCAGACACUCAGUCCACAGAGCUGCCUUCUUACCGUGGGUACCAACGGUUUCCAGGGUCUCGUUCGUUCCCUGAACCUUUCCCGACAACUGACACUACUAGGGCUGCCCCCACAGAGCUUCCUCAAUACCCUAGGUUCCCCACACCAUUCUCAACCACUGCCUCAACGAGAGCUGCACCCACGGAUCCUCAGAUGCCUGCGUUGCCUCAAUACCCCGCGUUGCCUCAAUACCCCGCGUUGCCUCAAUACCCUAGGUUCCCCACACCAUUCUCAACGACUGCCUCAACGAGAGCUGCACCCACGGAUCCUCAAAUGCCUGCGUGGCCUCAAUACCCCGCGUGGCCUCAAUACCCCGCGUGGCCUCAAUACCCCGCGUGGCCUCAAUACCCCGCGUUGCCUCAAUACCCCGCGUUGCCUCAAUACCCCGCGUUGCCUCAAUACCCCGCGUUGCCUCAAUACCCUAGGUUCCCUACACCAUUCUCAAUGAGCGCUGCACCCACAGAUCCUCAGAUGCCUGGGUUACCUCAAUAUCCCAGGUUCCCUCAAUACCCUAGGUUCCCCACACCAUUCUCAACGACGAGAGCCGUACCGGCUGAUUCACACAUGCCAGAGCUCUCUCAAUACCCCGGAUUCCCUCAAUACCUUAGUUCCCCACCCUACCCCGGAUUCCCUGGGUUUCCUGUACCAUUCCCAUCGACUGCAACUAUGAGACCUGCACCUGCUGAUCCCCAGAUGCUAUCCAUGAUGACAGCUGCACCAACUAGUGCAGACUCAUCUGAUACUGGGGGCUCCUCAGACGCUCAGUUGGCAGAGUUUCCUUUUUACCCUGGGUUACCUCAAUACCCUGGGUUUCCCGGACAGUUCCCAUGGAUUACAACUACGAGAGCUGCGCCUUUUGAUCCCCAGAUGCCAGAACUUCCUCCCUACCCCCUAUUCCCAGGGUUCCCUCCCUACCCUGGGUUCCCCCAAUCCACUUCUGCAGCCUCUGGGUACAAGAAGGCAGCCCUUUACAAUCCUUGGAAACUUAAGGGGGGACAUCAUAUGGUCAUGUACCAGGAUGAUCCUUCCCCUCAGUCGAGUGUUACACUGGCUCCAGCAGGGACCCCCAGGUCUUCCACUACUGCUGGUGUCGAGGACCAGAGGAGGAUUCCAGGUUUUGGUUCUCGCCGCAGUGGUGCACUCCCUCCUUCACCUGCUCCUGAGGACUCGUCCGUAAACACCCUCACCCUGUUAAGUGACUUUUCAAACGAUUCCUCUUGAUGUCUGUAACCGUUUCAUCUUUCAGUGAGACGUGCACUUUAAAAAUAAUUAUUUAACUUUA